CCUAACAUUCGCAACAUUCAUUAUCGAGGACCAAGACGCGAUUUUCCUUCUCUCCCGUCAUUUUCCCGAGAAAAUCAGAAGAGGGGUGGAUGAUGAGAGGUUGAGACGCUGAUCACUCACUCGAAGACGAUGGUGAGUUCGAUCCGCGAUGGAACCAAGCCAGAUUCUAUCAUUGCGGACCACCACAACUGAUCCUGAUCAUGUGAAGGUCAUUCAGUGGGACGACUUCCAGCACGAUCUUGCAAGGUUGGCCAGUCUCUCUUCCGCGCUCCACGAAGCCAACGAGAAGAAGCGGAAUCUUCAGUACAAGCUCGAGCCCCUAAUUCAGGUCAAUGCUGAAUCAUUGGGUCGGUUGAAUGAACUUGAGGAGAUGCGUCAAAAAUUGGAAUCAAAGAAAAUGGUGAUGGAGAAUAUGUCUAUACGUUCUAGGCUGGCUAAGGAGGAAGCUAGCAAGCAGGAGGAGCAGCUUAGUGGUGCAGUGCAAUCACUUUUGGUGGCAGGGGGUGCUCUUUCUGUAACCAGCAGAAAUCUCCAGGAAUCAAAUAGAUUACUGUCUGAAGAAAAUGGUUAUGUUCAUCUGAGAAAAUUGCAAAAGAUGCUCAGGAAGAGGCAACAAUACAUGACAUCUCAAAUUUCAAUGCUCUAUCCUGUUAAGAUCGUGGUUGGACCAGCACAAGAGCAAGAGCUUGAAGCAUAUCCUUUAGGUAGCCUGACAGGGACUUCUGCUGGACUAAAACCAAUUAAUCAAGGAUCCUUAACAAUUCAUGGUCUGCAUUUGAAUGUGCUAUCUUUUCGGAAGAUGAGCUUUUUCACUGAUAAAAAGGAAAUUCAAAAUUCUGCUACAGCCCUAGGAUAUGUUGCACAUGCUGUUUCACUUAUAGCCUCAUACUUGCAAGUUCCUUUGCGAUAUCCUUUACGGUUGGGUACUUCUCAUUCAUAUAUUAUUGAUAAUGCACCUUCAACUGAGCUAACAUCUUCUGAAGCUUCAUCAAAUGCAAACAUAAAUGCCAAACAUGUGGAAUUCCCUCUUUUUUUAGAAGGUCAAGACACCACAAGAGCAGCUUAUGCUGUUUUCUUACUAAAUAAGGAUUUAGAACAGCUUUUGAAUUUCAUUGAUGCCAAGAGUUUGGGACCACGCCAUGUAUUGGCUAAUUUGAGGGAGCUUUUAAGAACUAUCCUGUCUUCAGCUUUUAUAGACAACUUGAUCUAGUAGUAUUUUUCUCUACUGUAACUUCCUUGUAAAUUGAUUUUUUUUUUUUUAAUUCUUGUCCGGGUGCAAUUUUUUUGGUGCACCUUGCAUUUUAGCAUUGUGAUCAAAAUGGAGUCAAACUUUAUAUAAUGGAUUUGGUAUUCUUUGAAAAAAGAGAGUAUACACUGUCGAAAAUAUAUUGUUCUUUGAGAAGAACAUAAAUGCCAUAAAUUCCUGCAAGGAUAUUAUGUAUAAGGCAACUUUUGGAGAAAUACAUACAUUUUGCGAAAUCAAGGAUGAAAUCCCUCUUCGGAUGGGAAACGGUGAUGAAGGAUUUAUCAAA